AGUAACGAGACACGUUGCAAAUUUAAUGAAAAUGAAAACCAAACCUCCUCGCUGACAAUUGGCACAUGGGGAAGCGCCAUCACAUUUAACUUUCCUUCUUCUACAAGUAUCACAGGCAGUGGUAAUCUUUACACGUUUAUGGUUAUCACCAGAUUCGUCAACAAUCAUGUCGUCCAAUAUGAACAAACUCAUUGUAAGUGA